AUGAUAUAUAUGCAGUGAGACACUCGGUUCAUUGACCUCAAAAGCUCGAGAACUAAGUACGCUUAUCUUGAAGAUGAUUAUCGAAGGUUUUGGACUUCCACAACAAUACAACUUGGAUAUUGAAGAGCUAAAUAACUCCAACGAUUCACGAAUGACUAGGUACCUACUUCCUGAGCAAAACAAGGAUCUUGAGAUUGCUUUGGUACCUCACACUGACAAAGGCACCUUAUCCAUCAUAUGUCACAAUGAAGUCCAAGGUCUGGAGAUUUUACCCAAAACAGGCGAAUGGGUUGAUGUAGUUAUUCCCCCAAAUGGCUAUAUAGUACUCGUCGGUGACAUGUUGAAGGCAUGGAGCAAUGGAAGGUUUGUGGCACCCAUACAUAGAGUGGUGACAAAGGGAGAUAAAGAGAGAUUAGCAUUUAUACUGUUUACUGUACCAAAAGAAGAUAUGACUAUUAAGGCGCCAUCUGAAUUGGUGGACGAUGAAAACCACCCUCUCCGUUACCGACCAUUCAAGUAUGAGGAUUUUAUAAAUUUUCAUUACUCAACUCGCACAGAAAAGGGAGUACUUGAAGAAUUUGCUGGCCUUUGAUCUUUAUCACCGUGAUCCAACACCGUGUCUUUUUAUUUUGUAAUAAUGAAAUGUACUUGGACUUUCAUGUAUGCAAUAAAUUUAGAUCAAAUAAAAUAAAAUGUAUUGCCUUUUAAAAUUAUUUAUGUUAUUUCAUGUUGCACUCUUAAAAAUCUUUAUUUAUGUAAUGUCUAUUACAUCAAUCAAAAGCACUUAUUAUGUUUCUUUUAUA